AUGGUCACGGGACCGACGAUGAAGGAACUAGAGGACAUCUCCGCCGAGCUCAAUCUCGGAUUGGAAGGGAGUACCGUGCUCAAAGAAUAUCAGUCAGUCAUCAACGACUCCUUGGAGAUGAUGAACCAACUCGAUGACCUGGUCGAACCCGGUCUACCGGUGAAGUAUACACGAACUCCGGGUUACCGACCUUCAAGGGAAGAGAGCCCUCAUAAUGCAUGGUACUACAAAUGCAGAAUCACAGGAGCAGACAGAGGGACCUUAUCAGGAAAGCGUAUUGCAAUCAAGGACUCUAUUGCUGUAGCGGGAAUCCCGAUGAAGAUCGGGUUCAGUGGUCUUGAAGGAUAUGUUCCCGAUUUUGAUGCUACGGUGGUCACGUGGGUAUUAGACGAAGGGGGAAUCAUUCUUGGGAAAGCGACAUGCGAAGAAUUGUGUAAUUCAGCGAACAGCCAUACAAGUGGAACAGGACCAGUCACGAAUCCCCUUAACCCACGUCACUGCGCUGGCGGUUCAAGCUCGGGAUGUGCAGUGUUGGUGGCAACAAAUGAAGUGGACAUGGCAAUCGGGAGUGAUCAAGGCGGAUCGGUUCGGAUACCAGCUAGUUGGUGUGGAUUGGUUGGUUUAAAACCGACCUUUGGUUUGAUACCGUUCACAGGGGCAGUAUCCAGGGAGUUUGUCGUUGAUCACUUGGGACCAAUAGCAAGGACUGUUAAAGACUGUGCUCUGCUGCUAGAGGUUAUAGCCGGCUAUGAUAAUGGGAACGAUGCCAGGCAAAGAAAUGAUUUGAAAACGCCCUAUUAUUCACAACAGGUAAACAAUUUGCUCAACGUAGCUAAACAUUCCUCGAAUGCCGCUAUAUACAACAUGCAUUUUUGUCAAAACGCUUUGGACCACCACUUGGAGGAGCUUGAUCCGAAAUCAAUUCGAAUGGCCGUUUUGAAGGAAGGUUUCGGUAGUCCAGGAUCUAAUCCAGAAGUUGAUCGUCUGGUUCUAGAAACAAUCGACAUGUUUGCUUCAUCAAGUGGGGCUCAUGUUCAAGAAGUCUCUAUUCCUUUACGCAAAUCGAGUAUAGCCAUUGGUACUGUUAUUGGAGACAUUGGUGGAAUCGAUAUGAUAUAUACGACGGCAGGUGAGUGA